AAAAUUUACACCGCUAAGCAGGAAUUUUAAUUUGAUAAUGACAAUUUGGCGGGACAAAUAACAAUUGUAGCAUGCAACCCUAUAACGAAUUCAAAACAUAAUGCCUGUAGGCAUCCUCUGUGUUUCUUAAUUCGGCAGUGCUACCGCCCGCAGGCUUUUGGUUUUACAACACAGAGCAUACGAAUUUAGUUGACGUUAACAGGUUCAGCUAGCAUUAGGUGCAGCAAUGUUGGCGCCGUUAUCCGUCGUGCCGAUUAAAAAUGUCGCCGUAAUUUGCUGUCAAUGCCGUGGUCGCUUCCGGUUAUGGCUUAUACAAUUUUAGUUUCCAUUCGAAAUUUUAUUUUGAUUUUGUCCGUGCUUCAUUCAGGAAGCAGCUAAUUACUGAUCGUUCGUGAAGGAGAUCAUUUCAUAGCGAAUUUGAUAUACUAUGUAGAUGCGUGAUCACCUGUAAUCAUCCUAAUAGGUUCGGCGAAAUCAAUACACACACGUGACAGUUUUGAUAAAAAAAAAUUAAACUUUGGAAAUCCUGUGUAUCUUUUCUGAAAAAAAAGUUUAGGUCAUUUAUAAAAAAAAAAAAUAAAUAAAAAUAUAAGUGCGAACGAGAAGGAGAAUGCACACAAUUAGUUGUGACAAAUAUAUAUAUGUACAUAUAAGCAACCACAAAAUAAGCAAAGGUUAAAAACAGAAUAUAAUAUGACAGUGAGAACAAAAAAUGGUAUUGUGCCAACAAGCGAAUGAGUUUUGUGUGGGUGAAGCAUUUACGGCUCAUAUACAGCUGCAGCAUUUAAGUUGCAUGCGCAUGUGAUGGAAAGAGGAGUGUCCUCGUCGUCGUAAGUGUGCGAAAUCGAACAAAUUAUAAAAAAAGAAGUUAUAAGUUACAAGAAUAUAAUUCAGGUUAGUAUUCGUGGUACACAUUAGUCAAUUAAAAUGCAAAGCAACAACAAUAAUAACCCCAGCGCCUACAAAAGCCAAUGUAGCAGUUGGCUAAACAAUAACGACACAAUGACGGUGGCGCUGUUGCAGCAGCAUCAACAACAGCAACACGUGCAACAAUUGCUGCAACCACAUCAGCUAUUGCCAGGGCAGCAAAUACAGCAACAAAAUCAGCAAGCACGUAUAAGCAACUGGAUUAGUGAUACGAAUCGCUCUCACUAUUCACUAUUACAUAACAAUAACAGCCACAUCAAUUGUACUCAACAACGUCAACAACAACAACAGCAGCAACAAUUGCCAACACCAUAUCUGCAUGAAAACGCAUAUGGAAAUUAUUCACAGCAUGUGGCAACCACUCAUUCUUCUCAUCACCAGCAACAACAACAACCGCAACAAAUUACUAAUACAUUCGUUCCUGCCAACAAUUGCUACUACAGAUCGCGGAUGCAGCAGCAGCAGCAGCAACUUACUAACCAGGCACUGCCAUCACUGGAACAAUCAGAGUACCAGCAGAGUUCAGAGCAGAAGCAACUGACUACAGCAAUGCAUCCGCCAUACUCAGCUGCUACUAAAAUAUCACUUUCACCCCAAACACGAUCGGAGUCUCCCGUAUUAACACCGUCACAUACUACCACGCGUAAAUUUCAACAGCACUUAGCGGUUGCCGCUGCUGCAAUGACAGUGGCACGCAAUGUAAAUCAACAACAACAAAGGCUCGUUUCAAUGGAUGGCAUUCAGAGUGGUGUACCAACGUUAACCACGUCCACAUUAACGCCGACGACAUUACGCAGCAUCGAAGAAACGUUCAUACAGUUGACAACAGAUCAUUCAAAUCCGCCCUGUCAGGCAGGUUUUAUACCACCGCCUGUUACGUCCAUUCAAAACUCGACUAGCCCUAUAUUCAGCAGUGCGAUACAAAAUUAUAAUGAGAUUGAUAUGGAUGAUUCACAAGGGUCCUGGAAUUCCCAACUUCAUGAUGAUAAUUCACAGGCGUCAUCAGAUAAUUCAAGCGCCUCAUUCCCUAAUGGACUUAACGGUACCAGCAACGCUUCACUUGCUACCUCAACCACUUCGUCAAAAAAUGAUUUCACCAUGCUACAUAGCGCCAUCGCUGGAGAUACUGGUAAACAUACUGGAAAUCUUUUGCUCACAACAUCCUCCAACAGUAGCAACGUCCAUACCUCGAGCAGUGCCACAAACACCACAAUUACACCCGCACCGACCCGUCGUAAUCAAGGUGGUCGCCGUCCUGCUAAACCGUCAAAUAUGUCACCAGAAGAGGAGGAGAAGCGCCGCAUACGGCGUGAACGUAACAAAUUGGCUGCCGCACGUUGUCGAAAGCGUCGGGUCGAUCAAACUAAUGAACUGCAAACAGAAGUAGAUCGAUUGGAAAAUAUACGAGAGUCGUUAACGAAAGAAAUUGAAGGCCUUAAAGUUACCAAAAAUCAAUUGGCUUUUAUUUUGGAAGCGCAUCGACCGACGUGUCAAAAGGUUAGGCAAGACUUAUUGAGCGUGCAUACCUAUGAUGGACUGAUCGCACCAACGAAUGGCAAUAGUAAUGACAGUAAUAGUAAUAUUAUUGGUGUAGAUACCACACUGUCAUCUGUAGGGAGAAGUGGCUCACCUAUCGAUCUAAAACCUGUCAUUUUAGAUAUGGUGUCUCACAUUAAGAAUGAACCUUUAGAUAAUACGCUGGACUCGAAUUCAUCACUUGGUCACGAUGGGCCUCCAUCGCCCAAACGUAUGCUACUAUCCGAUAAUAAUCCAAUGGUGCAGCCACCAUUGCCGAAUGUUUCCACAUUAUCUGCGUCAUUGGCUGCGGCAUCUGCAUCUUUAAACACACCGAAUGUGACAGCAGCACCGGUCAGCUUUGCUAGUCUUGUUUCCGGCACCAGUAUUGCCAACAGCAAUAAUAAUAAUAACAUUGUGAAUAGUAUAACAAUCAGUAACGCUAUUACUGGCACAUUGAGUGCUCCACAUAGAUCAAUGCUGAGUGGUGGCAAACAGCGUCCUAAUUCUUUACCCACAAACUUACGAAACCAGGCACAAAAUCUCGCUUUGAAUACAGAACGUCCACCAACUGACAUCAAUGGUGUUGCCAUACAGACUCCAUCGACAGGCAUGUUCAAUUUCGACUCUUUGAUGGAUGGGGGUACUGGAUUGACUCCUGUCUCAGGACCACUAGUUCCAAAUUGCUCAUCACAAAACAAGCAUCCUUUAGAAAUUCAAACACCGACAAGCGAACCAUCAAAAUUGGUUAGCUUAUAACAAUAAAAAUUCGGAAACAGAAUUAGAGUCUUGUACAAAAGACGACGAAUGGAUGAGGUUAAAAAAUAAUGAAGAUGUCAGUCAAAAAUUUACAAAAUUUCGAUGAGUAUUGUGGUAUUGUAUUAGUAAGACCUAAAAAUUCUUGCAGCCUUAAACAGACAAAAACAAAGACACAAAUCCUUAAAAUAUUAAUAUUUAUACAUAUUUCGAAAUAUAUGUACGUACAUAUAUAUUGAAUAAAUGAUGUGCAUGCGCAUGCGUUGCGGAUGCCAUAAAAAAGAUUAAUGUAUGUACAUAAGUAUAAUAUUCGAUACAUAUAUGUAUAUGUACAUACAGUUAUUAAAAUUAUUUUAUUAAAAAUUCAAUUGGUUUGUAUAAAUUUGGACGUAAUAUAAAAUUGUAUAAUUUUUAAGCAUACAUACAGUUUUAUUUAAUUUAAAUGUUACGAAAUUAACAAAAAAUAAAUAUUUUUAGAAUAAUUUUUUUAACAUAAAUCGACUAUCGUACAUGAUGAUAUGAAGAAAACAUGAAGAAUUCAAUUGGGAAGGAACAAAUUAAUAUUUAUUGUAUUAUUAUAUUACACACAUAACUAAACCUUAUUUGAUUUUGUUCACGUUGUGAUGAUUGCCAUUGUUUUUGUUUUAUCGACAAAUUAUCGACUUAAUAUAUUUUUUACUUUAUCUAAAACAUCGAUUAAGAUUUUAAAUUGCAAUACGAUAUAGUUAAACGUAUAAUAAAGUUCCACAUGUUGCGUUGAAUUUCAACUAGAAAAUUACUUAUAUUAUAUUUGUAAAUUUUACAAUUAUAUUUUUUGUAAAUAUGAUACUUAACUAAAGGAAUUGUGUUUACCAACAUUGAUAAUGCGUUGUGAUAUUAAAAAAUGAAAAAAAUAUACAUAUGUAUUUAUAUACAUGGUAAGCAAUUUAUAAAAAAUAAUGCAUUAAUUUAAUGUAUUCAAAUUUGCUGUAAAUUUAGCAAAUCAAAACAUUGUAAAACAAUUAUUAAUUGUCAAGUUAACUGAAAUUGUGAACAAAUUAAGAUAAUCUGUAGAAAGAACAAUUGAAAUUGCCUUUAUAUGUAUGUAACAAAACAAAUUAAAAACGGAAAAUUAUUGUACAGUUAUAUGCAUAUUUGCACGUAAAUAUAUGUAUUGACAUAAAUAUGCGUAUGUGUGUGUAUAUUCGUAAGCUUCUUUGGUACCAACAAAAUUAUUGACCACAAAAGAAAAUAUUGAAAUGGAGUGUAAUACUGUAUAUUAUAUUUCAGAGCAAAUAAAUACUAAAUUAAGUAAAGAUUUAAA